AUGCUGAUGCGGUCUUCCAGCUACCUGAACACGGUCUCGAACAGAAUCGGCGCCUCGCACGAAAAAGCCAGAUUUCUGGGAAUGGCAGUGGGGGAAGCACUCUCCAGUCUCAUCGACGGUGGCGACACAAAACUAGACUUCAAGAUGGAAGAGAUGGCGACCAAAGAAGCCAACCUCUACAAAGAUCUCGUUAAGACAUUGGACAACACAGGGCCCAUCGACUCCUUGAUCACCGUCCCUAAGACGGAAGAGAAGACACAGCAAUUGGCACCAACGCUGUCUCGCACCAAGCUUGCACCAAAGCCAAAGCAAACAGUCGCCCCAUCCAAGUUCAUCAUCCAGGAAGUCUCAGAUUCCGAGAGCGAGGACGAAGAUCUUGUUACCUAUGCUAAGCCUGUUGACGACGCCGAGGAUUCGGACGAGGACGCGACACUCGUACGCCGUGACAAGCCGAAAGCUCCCGUUUACAUCCGCGACCUCAUUACCUAUCUCCGCGACACCGACAAUUAUGACAAACAGAAGCUUGCCCUCACCACUGCUCCGCCCCUGAUCCGCCGCAAGGCCAACUUUGGCACCGAAGUUUCCUCCCAUGCUGACGAGCUUGCGACUCUCCUGGUCGGUCUGCAGGACAAGUUCGAGAUCGAGAGCUUCCACGAGCUCCGCCUUCAGGGCAUGAUCGCCGUUGUCGUUGCCCAACCACAGAAGAUGGGCCAGUGGUUCGCAAAGACCUUCUUCGACGGCGAUUACUCCAUUUCCCAGCGUGCCUCGAUUCUCAUCGUCCUUGGCCUCAGCGCCCGCGAGCUCGCCGGCUUCGACACCUCGGAGCACGCGGCUGCUGCUUCCUUCCCCUCGAAGCGCCUCCCCGAGAAGAUGGAGGUACUGUACUUCGACCCCUCCACCACACCAAACCAGCUCCCGACAUCAUCCAACCUCAAGGCCAUCCCCGCCAACGCCCUCGACACCAUCGCUAACUCCUUAACCUCCUCCUUCGUCGCUCCCAUAGCUGCCAACGCAGCGGACGCAACCACAGGGCCCGACGUCCUCAAACUCUCGACCUUCACAUCCCGUCUUCCCUCCAAGUCCUCCAAGAAACCCCGUAUCCGCGCCAUUCCAAACACAACGGCCUCCAUGCUCGCCACGUCUUACUUUUUCCCCCUGACCGCUCGCUUCCAACAUGCAUUGCGCUCCCACCCCGCCCGUUCAGGCAUUUUCAUCCAGCCGUACCUCCUAUCUCUCUACCUUAAGACCCUGGCGGUGCUCAUUCACGCCGCGGGUCCUGCGACGCUGGCGCUCCCGCAGAUGACGGCUGAGCUCUGGGAUCUGCUCCUCAACGUGCGAGCCCAUGUCAACGGCGACGUCCCCGGGACGCAUGCGCUGCUUGUUGCAUUGGCUGCUAUGCUUGAGGUUAAUGAGGCAUCUGAUAUGCGACGGUUGUGCGAAGCGCAUCCACGCGAGGUCGUCGAGACACAGGAAUGGGUCAGCGGCGUGUUUAACGGCACACGUGGCGAGGACGGCGGGGAGGAGAAUGAUGUCAAAAUGCUCUCUGCUGCGGUGCUUAUCAAGCUGCAGGAAGCGACGGAGAAGUACCGCGCCUUGCUACUGGGCGACAUGAUUGGCUUCUCAUAA